AUGAAUGGAGACCAUGAGGCCGGAAACCCCUCCAGUUCCAGUGUGGAGAAGAGGGAAGCGGAGGUUCAUCAGCUGGCCAGACAGUUCACAGAGCAGAGCAACUAUUCCACCGCGGGACAAAACCCCUUUGCUGCGGAGGCAGGAUCGGCCCUGGACCCCAAUGGCGAACACUUCAAUGCUCGGGCGUGGUGCAAAGCCAUGCUGCAGAUGCACACCGAGGACAAGCAGGCACAUCCGCUGCGAACCUUGGGGGUCGCCUUCAGCAAUCUCAAUGUGCAUGGUUUCGGUUCCGACACUGAUUACCAGAAAAGUGUCGGCAAUGUCUGGUUAGAGGCGCUCAGCCUGGCAAGGAAAGCGCUCGGUCAAAAGCAGCGCAAAAUCCAGAUUUUGCAGAGCAUGGAAGGAUUGGUGGAGGCUGGAGAGAUGCUGGUGGUUCUUGGACCCCCUGGAUCCGGAUGCUCGACUUUCUUGAAGACCAUUGCUGGAGAGACUUACGGCUUUCACGUUGAUAAAAACUCAAACAUCAAUUUCCAAGGCAUCGCCAAACAAAUGGCCCACGAGUUCAGAGGAGAAGCCAUCUACACCGCGGAGGUUGAUGUCCACUUCCCCAAGCUCACUGUUGGAGAUACCCUUUAUUUCGCUGCGCGCGCCCGAGCACCACGACACAUUCCUGGGGGGGUGAAUGCGACCCAGUAUGCCAGCCACAUGCGAGAUGUGAUCAUGGCCAUGUUUGGCAUCAGCCAUACGAAGAACACAAUUGUAGGAAACGACUUCAUUCGCGGUGUGUCUGGUGGAGAGCGCAAGCGGGUUAGUAUCGCUGAAGCUUGCCUCAGCAAUGCACCGCUGCAAUGUUGGGACAACUCUACUCGUGGUCUUGAUAGUGCGAAUGCCAUUGAGUUCUGCAAAACGUUGCGCAUGCAGGCAGAUAUUAAAGGCGCCACAGCCUGUGUCUCUCUAUACCAAGCUCCUCAGGCCGCUUACGACUAUUUCGAUAAGGCCCUGGUUCUAUACGAAGGUCGCGUGAUCUACUUUGGUCGCACAUCCAUGGCGAAGCAGUACUUCCUUGAUAUGGGCUUCGUCUGCCCUGACCGACAAACUGAUGCUGACUUUCUCACCUCUAUGACUAGCCACCUUGAGCGUGUUGUUCAGCCAGGUUAUGAAGGCCGCGUACCUCAGACACCUGAUGAGUUCGCUGCACGAUGGAAGGCCUCACCACAGCGAGCACAGCUUAUGCAAGACAUCGAGAGGUACAAUGCAAAGUUCGCACUGGGUGGUGAAUACCUGGAUAAGUUAAAGAAAUCUCGACGAGCUCAGCAAGCCAAGGCUCAGCGUGUAUCAUCACCCUACACUCUUUCCUAUGUCCAACAGGUGAAACUGUGCCUGUGGCGCGGGUAUCAACGAUUGAAGGCUGACCCCAGCGUCACAAUCUCUUCAUUAUUCGGAAAUACUAUCAUAUCCCUUGUUAUCGCCAGUAUAUUCUACGACCUCAAGGCUGACACAAGUACCUUCUUUCAGCGCGGUGCUCUUCUCUUCUUUGCUGUUCUCAUGAACGCCCUUGGUUGCGGCCUUGAAAUGCUGACUCUAUACGCGCAACGAGGGAUCAUAGAGAAGCACUCCCGAUACGCUCUCUACCACCCAUCUGCUGAAGCGUUUUCAUCAAUGAUAAUGGAUUUGCCCUACAAGGUUCUCAACGCUAUUACAUCUAAUAUAGUUCUGUACUUCAUGACCAACUUAAGGAGAGAACCCGGUGCUUUCUUCUUCUUUGUCUUCACCUCGUUCGUCCUGACUCUGACCAUGUCCAUGUUCUUCCGGUCUAUGGCAUCGCUAUCAAGAUCCCUUGUUCAAGCUCUACCCUUCUCCGCCGUUCUACUUCUCGGUCUCAGCAUGUAUACUGGGUUCGCUAUCCCAACAGGGUAUAUGCUUGGAUGGGCUCGCUGGAUUGCCUACAUCAAUCCUAUCAGCUAUGGCUUUGAGUCCCUACUGAUCAAUGAGUUCCACAACCGCGACUUCCCGUGCAUGAACUAUGUCCCAUCGGGUCCUGGCUAUGCGGAUCUCGGGCUUAACAACCGUGUUUGCUUCACCAUCGGAUCAGUACCUGGACAGCCCUUUGUCAAUGGCGAUGCCUACAUUGAGUCAGCAUAUAGCUAUACAGCCUCGCACAAAUGGAGAAACAUCGGUGUCAUAUUCGCCUACAUGUUCCUGCUUGGGGCCGUCUAUCUCGUUGCUACUGACUUCAUCACUGAGAAGAAGCCGAAGGGCGAGAUCCUAGUUUUUCCUCGCGGACACAAAGCUCUGAAGAAGGGCAAGUCAGAUGAAGAUCUUGAAGGGGGUAGUGGCCGCAGCGUCACAGUGGAGAAGACUGGCUCAGAUGACCUUGCCAUGAUUGAACGCCAGACCGCGAUCUUCCAGUGGAAGGAUGUCUGCUUUGAUAUCAAAAUUGGAAAGGAGAAUCGCAGGAUUCUUGACCACGUUGACGGAUGGGUCAAACCGGGAACCUUGACGGCGCUUAUGGGUGUUUCUGGUGCUGGAAAGACCACGCUCUUAGAUGUCCUGGCUACGCGCACCACUAUGGGGAUUAUCAGUGGAGAAAUGCUCGUCGAUGGUCAACCGCGUGAUGACUCCUUCCAACGUAAGACAGGCUACGCUCAGCAACAAGAUCUGCAUUUGAGUACUGCUACAGUGCGCGAGGCACUUGAAUUCUCUGCUCUUCUACGGCAGCCCGCUCAUGUUCCUCGUCAAGAGAAGAUUGACUACGUGACAGAAGUGAUUAAGCUUCUUGACAUGACUGAGUACGCUGAUGCUGCUAUUGGUGUCCCUGGUGAAGGCCUCAAUGUUGAGCAACGUAAACGUCUCACAAUCGGGGUAGAGCUUGCGGCCAGGCCGGCUCUGCUUCUUUUCCUAGACGAACCGACCUCAGGACUUGAUUCCCAGACAUCCUGGGCUAUCCUUGAUCUCCUUGAUAAACUGAAGAAGAACGGCCAGGCUAUUUUGUGUACCAUCCAUCAACCAUCUGCCAUGCUGUUCCAGCGCUUUGAUCAUCUCCUCUUCCUUCAAGCUGGUGGUCGCACCGUCUACUUUGGAGAAGUCGGCCAGAACUCGCAAAUACUCAUUGACUACUUCGUCCGCAACGGUGGCCCUCCAUGUCCUCCAGCCGCCAAUCCCGCCGAAUGGAUGCUCGACGUGAUCGGUGCCGCUCCUGGAUCUCACACUAACAUCAACUGCCAGAAGCGCAAAGACAAAGCCAGCUACCGCGAAUUCGCUGCUCCCUUCUGGGCCCAGCUCUGCGAAGUCCAAGUACGAGUCUUCCAGCAAAUCUGGCGGUCACCCACCUACAUCUACUCCAAGACCGCUCUCUGCGUGUUAUCCGCUCUCUUCGUCGGCUUCUCCCUCUUCCACACACCCAACACAAUCCAAGGCCUCCAGAACCAAAUGUUCGGCAUCUUCAUGCUACUUACCCUCUUCGGCCAACUCAUCCAACAAAUCACGCCGCAUUUCGUCGCCCAGCGCGCGCUAUACGAAGUCCGCGAACGACCCGCAAAGACCUACUUUUGGAAAGCCUUCAUCAUCUCCAACAUCGUUGUUGAACUCCCCUGGAACUCACUCAUGUCCAUCCUUAUGUUCCUGUGCUGGUACUACCCGAUUGGUCUUUACCGCAACGCCGAACCAACAGAUGCGGUGAACUUGCGGGGCACACAAAUGUGGCUGAUGGUCUGGACCUUCCUUCUCUUCUCGUCCACCUUUGCACAUUUUAUGAUCGCGGCGUUCGACGCCGCCGAGAACGCUGGAAACCUAGGUAACCUGCUCUUCCUGCUUUGUCUGCUUUUCUGCGGUGUUCUGGCGACACCAGAUCAGCUCCCAGGCUUCUGGAUCUUCAUGUAUCGCGUUUCGCCAUUUACUUACCUGGUCAGCGGGAUGUUGUCUGUGGGCAUAUCGAAUACGAACGUAACCUGCGCAGACAAUGAGUAUCUGCGCUUUGACCCAGUUAAUGGGACUUGCGGCAAGUACAUGGAUCUAUACAUGUCGAAUAUGGGUGGGUAUCUUGAAGACGAAACGGCGACUUCUAACUGCAGCUUCUGCCCGAUCAAGGAGACGAAUGUGUUCCUUAGUAGUGUUUCAUCGAGUUACUCGGAUAUCUGGAGGAAUUUUGGGCUCAUGUGGGUAUUUAUUAUUUUUAAUAUCUUUGCAGCGUGUUUGUUGUACUGGUGGGUUCGUGUUCCAAGAGCCAAAAAGCCAGUCGCUAAGACCGAGUGA